CUUAAUCCAUUCUCAAUCUAUUAGAUAUAGUCACCUACACUCACACUCACUUUGAUUUGGCCGCGUACAAUUAUUAUUUCCCAUUUUAUGGUAUGAUUCCCUUGUAAAUAAACCACGUGUGUCUGAAAUAUACUAUCUCUUUGGCGGAGACUGGCAUUUGUGUUCUGAAGUGAAUAGACUGGGCUAGGUGAGAAGUUAUGAUACGAAGAACCAAGAGUUGAUUCAAGGCUGCUCGUGCUGGUUGACGCAUUCCUAGUUUAGUAAAGUACAAGUCCAUAAAAGUCGGUAUUCUGAUCGAUGACUCUGUCACAUGAUAUUCGACGGGCCGUCGGACACAACAGAAGUGGAAAGUGUUAGAUGUUGAGAAGGAUCAGGAAAAAGCUGGAGCUGUGACAUGUCGACCGAUCCGACAUAUUCGAUGGGUAUAUGCAAAUCGCUUUUUAAGACAUUCAAUUUUGUCACGCUAGUUUCUUAUUAAUUUGUCCCUUUCUUAAAUGUCAUUAUUCAUUGAAAGUCACAUACUAAAUUUAUACGUUUAACUAGAAAUAACAAUAGUGAAAAGAGUUUAUGGAAAACACUUUAAAAUUUACUUCACAUGUUGUGAAGAGAUCUUGAAAGCCACACUCCAUUUUGAGACUCAAACUGAUAAAUUGGUGGGUUCUCGUUCUAAUUCUCAAACAGAUGACUAAUGUUAAGUUCAAUUUUCGCUGAGCUUCGGAAUUUAUCUAUUGAUUGAAAUCCAAAAGCUUCUUCAAGAUAGGUAAAUGAAGCGAAUUCCCAAAAAGCCAAUAUUUCUAAAGUAAAAUUGUUUAUUAUAAUUACUAUACCUUCGAGAUUAUUUUGAUAUAAUUUUGCUAAAGUUUGGUUUAUGUGGGAUAUUUUAAACUGGCAUGGAUGCAGUCUGUGUAGGACUUCAAGGUAUAAAAGCUUAUUAAAAUGAUCAUAUCGUAUUUGAUCAAGAUAUUCACAAUGACUAAAUAAUAACACUGCUGAAACGAUUCCAGAAGCAGAAAGUUAUUUGUUUUCCAAAACGUAUACAUCCAGCUAGAUGACUAUCAAGUUUAGGAGUUCAGGCGACUAAAUAUAGUUGCGGAUGAGAUUCUAAUUGCUUUAAAGAGGUAUCUAAAAUUCUUAAUCAUACUAUCUAUUAGCGAGUGUGAACAUUCUAAUUUAAUCCCCACUUUAACGGUGACUGUUAUUUCCAUUGUAAGUUUAGCCAACAUAAUAAGAAUGUGCAUCAAGAAUACACAAUGUUUUUGUAGUUUAAACUGGCUUUGCCUGAAAGAGAUACUGCUAGGAAAGUCAAUGUAUCCUCGAAAAACGUCAGAAAUGUUAAAACGUUGUACCACGAAGUGGAUUCUAUGGAAAAGGGCACGAUGAAUUUGUUAAGUCUGCACAAUUGAGGAAUUCACCAAAUAUUAGAAACUCAGUUGAUAACCAGUGGACGAAGUAUGUUUUACUAGUUAUCUUUGAGUUUAAUAAAAUAACAUAUUAUGCUGAUGUAUUGUAUUGAUUGACACUCAGGUGUUGUGGAUUACUGGUUGUCUAGACACGAUUCUUCCAAUAUACCAAUAGAAUUACUGUUGAAAUUUCAGUUUCAAUAAUAAUCUGUAUCCAUUAUCAUAAAUAGUACUAAGUGCCUGGUUUUGUGGUGAUAUAUUCUGAUACAUCAAUUUACAUAGACUGUUCCACCAUUUUCCUUUAAACAAAACUUAAUUCUAUCAACUUUAAAUAACACGAAAUCGUAUAUUAAAAAUGAAAAUAGAGUUUUAUAAGCCUACUAACUUGGAAAAAGAGGAAUACUACAUUAAGUCAUUAGAAACGAAGAAUUUCUUUUUUUUCGUUCUGUAUCGACAUCGUAUAGAGAAUUAUCAAAUAAACAAAAAAUUGUCCUAGCGGCUGUAAUCCCAUGGCUAUUUGACUAUCGUCUUGGUUAAUGUAAUUUAAAGAUCAGGAAAAUCAUUUAUCGUUUGAAAUAAUACUAAUAAACAGUGUGCAAGAUAUCUUUACUAUAUAUCUAUUAAUUUUCUAUUCGUAUUUAGCUUCUGCGUGUGUAUUUACUACCGGCAUUCCGGUUAUGAAAAUGUGUGUAUAAGGUCAUGUAUAAGAAUUUUAAAUGUAUCGGUAAAUUAUGUGAAUAAUUAAAAUAAUUUAAUCAUAAUGAUAAUAAUAAAGGUUUCAAACCACAACAUAUUUAGGGGGUGGUUAAAUGUGGUCACAUCUAGUGUAAAUUAUAGAAGCGUUCGUUUCAUAUCAUUGUUAUCUAGAAUCUACAUUUUCAUUAAAUUGAUUUACAUAUAAUAAUCACAGAAUAUUUUAAUUACAUUACAUUUAUUUGGAAAACAGUGUAGGAAUAUUUUGUCUUGGAUUUCUUUAUAAUCUUUACAAAUACAAUUAUACUAUAAAUUUCUCUUCUUGAAGUCACAGUGAAAUGUCAAAAUAAAAUGCAUAGGAACUCUUAAUACUUUGGUUUAUACUACUAUAAUUGGUACAUGCAGCAUAUUAACAUAAAAUUUCCGAAUUCAAUCUAAUGGAUGGGUCUUUUCAUGUAAUAGGUACGAGGUUUAAGUCUCAGUAUUAAUAUAAACACCGUGAUAAAGGUAAAUCUAGCCGACGCAUCCCACACGGGACGAAGUAGGUAUCUUGAAUUCCAUUACUAGCUACAAGCCAACUUUUUUUAAAAUUUAUGACCAAAUGGAAAUAUCCGGGUAACCCGCUUAGGACGUACAUAAAUCAGUAUCGACCAGUGAGUUGCAUCCCUUAACACCAACAACCAGAAAAUUUCAACCACUAAACUAAAUCAGUAUCUAUUAAACAAUCUAGUGCCUGUAUAGACUCAGCAGAUUCUUGGAUAAGAUGUUGGUGUUUGAAGCGAUAGGUAUAUGGUCCGAAACUUAACGCUGAGAUCCAGGUAAAUCCAUCAAACGAAAUAAAAUGAACGCCUUAGAUCCCCCUAUUAGCUAUAGUCCAACCCACUGAACGCACUUGGUGAUUUUUCUUACGAAAACUACGCGCAGACAAAAGAAGCAUAUUCUGUUUAAAAUUUUAUAAAUGAGAUGUGGUUUCACUUUAUGUACAGUUCACAUUACUGAUUAUUUUCAUAAAAUAUAUGCUUCUACACAAAGUAGUAAUCCAGAAAAGUUAUACGUUUCGAGAUGUUAUUUAUAGAAUUGGUAAGUGUUUCUUUAGAAAAUUUCACUGGUUGAUGUUUAUUUAGACUAUGGAACAAUCCAUAAAGUAACUAAUGAGCCAUGUAAUACAUUUGAACUGAUUAGUGCUUAGUUAUCAGUCGGCAACAUUAAUACUUAGUUACAUUCCAAAUUGUCCUUUCAUAUAAAGUGGAUGAAUACAUAAUUCGGUUUGUUUUCAAAUAAUCACUAAAAUUUUCAUUUUAUCCGUUUACAUUGGCUAUAACUUACCAAUUAACAUAUUUGAUCUGGUUUUAAAACUAUGUUAAUCAUACAAUAUAACUUGAUGCCAAACUGUACGAUUUAAUAGAAAUAAGACGAUACUAUGAUUAGAUGUCACUACUUCUAGUUCAUAUUCCAUUUUCUAGUGUAAUAAAAAGCUUCGUGUCCGGAGACGUUGACUGUAUGACAAUCGACUAGUCCAUUUGAUAUUUUAUUAUAAGAACAGCUUCGAUAAAUCAGAGGAAGUAAUGACUUAUCAGGUUUAUGAAGCUGUAUGUUAAACGAACAGAAAUAAGAUGAUUCUCCCAACGAUUUCAGAUUUAGCUUACUGAUGAAUUGAAUUUUUUAAGAAUACCUUAUUACUAUCUGGUUUUGUUACCAGUUGACAAUUUACGUUUAGAAUAUUAAAGAUUCCCAUUGUGAAAAUUAGAACAACACAUGUAAGCGAACAAUUGUUUUCAAUUACAUCGUCAUCAGGCUUUACGAUUAAACGUGAAAACAGUUUAGAGAAAAGUUAGACCGUUAGUGUUACCAAAAAAUGUUUGUGCCACCCUGGCCAUCACACGACCUGCUGUUUAGGAGUUCCAACCGAUCUGCAUAUUGUAGAACUUUGUAAAUUAAAUAUGGGGCAGAAAUUAUUUAGCGAUUGGAGUAUGUCUCGCUUAUCUACUUUGUCUCCAUGAGUUCAAAUAACGCCUACAGACAAACCACUUAUUUAAAGCGUAAACAGAAACCGACUGUUAAUUUUGCUUCAUAUAGCCCAGCACAUCAUAGCUUACUCAGGUAAAACUCAAUACACCCCUUUGCUGACCUAGUAGACAGUUGUUUACAGUGCAUCAGUAAGAGAAUUUGGAGUAGUAAAACAAGAAUAAACCUAAAGUUAAGGAGAGAAACGUUUUGUUUAGUUGGAAAUUACAAGAGGAUAAUUUUGCUUGUCCGAGAGAGUAAUUAGGAGAAAUGUGACAACGAUCGAAAUAUUCUGCACAAAAAUUCAAACUGAUUUAGGUCAUACGAUUCAAAAAGUUAGUUAUCUCGUAGUGAUUAUGGAUAUGCUAGUUUCUUCAAUGAUUUAUUCAAAGUUGCAAGGAUUACAAAUAGCUGCCAAAAUGAAAUAUCAUUUUACUAGUCUGUAGAUAUUACAUCAUGAACAAUUUAAGAUUUUAUGACGUUAUUAUGAGUCUCUGUAUAUUUCCGAAACAGCAGCAGGAAAUUAAGUCUUGUUACUGGUAUUCAUAUAUAGUUACAUAUACAUACUUUUUAUUAUUUCAGGUUUCUAAAUACAGUAAAAUCUAAUCACAGUUUUUUUCCAAAAGGAUGGUUCCUAGUGCAACUAACUGUUCAUUUCAAUCUGAAAGUUGUAACUCAAACGAUUCACAGCUAUGUUUUGGAGAAACCAGUAGCGUUUCGAAUCAAGAUUCGAAUCAUCAGCGUGUAGAUACAGAAUCAAUGAGAUCGUACACUGGUUCGGAGUUAACUGGAAGUAUGAAAUCAAGUAUUGAGAAUAGAAACGAUUUGUCUCAAUUAAAAGUGGAAUCAUGUGAUAUUGAUGAUUAUACGUGCAGUAAACACUCUGUCUCCAGUAUUUGCAUGUUAUCUGAAUUAGGUAAUUCUUAUACCACUAGUUCAUACUGGCACCCUUCAGAACGACUUUCACAAGAAAGCUUGCUCAGAUUUAUUGGAAAAAGUAGUACAGAUUGUUCUGAAUCCGAUAAACAGGAUUUGAGAUCAGAAAAACAAAAGGAAAGACUUAUUUCAAAGAGUUCUGGGAAAGGAUAUCAACAUAUGGAUCAAAGAAGUAGCAGGCAAAUAGGUCACAACAAGGAGAAAAACUUUUCAUUUACGUUAGCUGAUGACCUUAACAUCAAUCCAUUUUCUGAAUCAAUUAAGUCGGUUUCACAAUUAGCAUCACACCUAACCGAUGAUCCAAUUCAACGUUUUCAUGCUCGUUACUAUGAUAAACUAAGUCAGUAUAUGAUGUUUGUCCGAAAUUAUCUUCCCAUUCCGAUUGCAAUUACUGUAGAAAAGUCCCAAGGAUCAACGGUAUCAGCCUAUAUAUUUGAAAAAAAUAGCGACACGCAUAUAAGGAAUGCUCUGAAUUUUUUAAGAGCCGAAUCAUUGAAAUUCAACCUUAACAAAGAGAGCAGUAAACCUUUACAAAAAAUAUCUUCAAGUUUAAUCCUUCAUUUCGCUUGCCAAAAGCAUUGUUCUCAAUGUUUAUACCCUGGAUCACUUCAAAACAAGUGCUUUAGUGUGAAAACAAAAUAUUAUGUCUUUUGGAUGCAAUUGUUGAUACUGGAAGUACAGUUCCACCACACGAAACCUGUUCACAUAACCCAUUCGUCAAUGUGCUUGUUACGUAAUCUGUGGAAUGAAUUAACAAAUGAAAGCUUACACAAUUUGUCCUGUAGUGGAAGUGAUCUGAACCCGCUAAAAGUAUAUGGGGUCAGUCCGUGCAGUAGGAAUAACAAAGCAGCAUAUGGACUAGAACCUAUUUAUGGUUCUCCAUUAAGGCAGCCAGAAAUUUUGAUAGGCAAACAAUUAUAUACAGAAUCUAAAGUAAGUGCAUGGAAUUCGUUGAAAACAAAGUCGAAGAAAAAGCGAAAACGUCAAUCGAGUUUCUUCUUUAUAGCCACCCACUCCUAUCCAACAUUUGAACAACUCGGUAAACUUUUGAAAGAGCUGAAGGAAAUCGGUUAUUUUGAACUAUUUCAAAUGAAGGAAACAAAAAUGCCGAAAGCAUAUCUCGGAGGAGUAGAGUGGGAUUGUUUUGUUUGUGGAAGUGGUAAUGAAGUUUGGAAGGACCAUUCUUCAGGAACUGUAGGUAUGACAGGAAUCAAUGGAAGCAAGCAACAUGAAAUCUCCGUACAGGGAAACGUGUUUAACUUAGAUUACGAGCUUAACCCUUUAAAUCCGCGAUUAACUGGGACAGUAAAGAUAAAGCAUAUCAAAACUAUUCCACGUGCAUUAGCUUGGAUAAGAAGUUGGCAGGUACGAGAAUUUAAGCUAGAAGAUGGAUUCAUUGCGUGGAACUAUUUUGAAACUAAACAUAACGUCAGUUGGCCAAAGUUACCUACUUUCAAAGCUGGUUGCGAAAGUUCAAAUCAGCAAUCAUCCCACAGAGAUAUUUCAUCAUUAAAAACCAGGAAGGAAAAGAACUGGUUCUACCUUUCAGUGGAUGAAAUUCUACACGUAAAAGGUAAUUAUCAAAAAGGCACUCCACAUCUUGAUCAUCUCGAAAUCGAAACAUGUGAUCACGGUACUUGGUUAGUAAAGCCACACUUAAAUGGGUAUUGUAGUGAUUUACGUAAAUCCAGUACAGUGAAUCCAACUAGAGAUCGUUUAAUUAGUGAAUACUUAGACUUAUGGUUACGCGGAUUGCAAAUCGCUAUGGUGCGAUCUAGCCAAAAAUGA